AUGUUCCAGUUCAUCCAGCUUCUCAGUCUCGUAUCGGCACUUGUAAUUGUCAGCAGCUUGGUCGGCGCUGUUCCGCAUCCCGUUUUGGAUGCUGCCGUCGAGACACUUGUAAAGCGUGCGAGCGUCUGCAACGGAGACGCCUCUCUGUGCAGCCGCCUCUAUUCGAACGUUACCUACAUCGGAGCGCACAACAGCUAUGCUGUGGGAACCUUGGCAGGCGCCUCCGUGGGCAAGAAUCAGGAGCAGUCGGUCACGCAGCAGCUCACCGAUGGCAUUCGUCUGCUUCAGGUGCAAGCCCAUAAGAGUUCCAACUCGACUUCGGGAUCUGGCAUCAAUCUUUGCCACUCUUCCUGCCAAAUCGAAAAUGGUGGCACCCUCGAAAAUUAUCUCUCCAAGGUCAAAACGUGGGUUGAUUCAAAUCCCAACGAUGUCAUCACGAUUCUCAUUGUGAACUCGGACAACCAACCGGUUAGCUCCUUCGGCACCGCAUUCCAAUCAACCGGCCUGGCCUCGAAAGCCUACUCCCCUGGCACGGCUGCACUCGCCAAGGACUCAUGGCCUACCCUCGGCUCGCUUAUCGACUCUGGCAAAAACCUCGUUGUCUUCAUCGACAACUCUGCCGACGUCUCUUCCGUCCCUUACAUCCUGCCUCACUUCCAAAACACAUGGGAGAACCCAUACAAUCAGAUCUCGGUGCCGUUCAACUGUUCGGUCGAUCGGAUCAAUUCCGGCAGCGAACCGAGCAACUUGAUGUACCUCAUCAACCACUAUCUCGACUCGUCGUUCAAUUUGUUCGGAACCACCGUGUUCGUCCCCAACACGGCGCAGCUGAACACGACCAACAGUCUCAGUUCAAUCAUGACGGACGCUGGCAACUGUGCAAGCUUGCAUGGCACUGGGUAUCCGACGUACGUGUUGACCGAUUUCUACGACGUCGGAGACGGAAGCGUCUUCCAGGCUGCUGCUCAGAUGAACGGUGUGCAGUACACCGCCAAGCCAAUUGGUAAUGCCACCAAGUCCGGCAGCUCUGGUAGCUCGGGUUCGAGCUCAAGUGGUGCUGCGUCGACCCACGUCAACGCCAUCGCUGCUGUUGCCACGUUCAUGACCAUGUUUGCACUUGCAUCGACGCUGGCCUAG